GCAGUAAGCGGAAUCGCUUGGAGCGGGGAGCUGGGACGGAGGCAGUACUUGUACCCGGGAUGGGUAUUCGCUGAUGCUGCUGCCCAUAGUCAUGGCUUUGUUGGGGUGUGCGCGAACGCAGUAAGUUUCUCCAAAGCGGAGUUUCCGGAAAAGCAUGGCGAGUAAGAAUCUACGAUAAAGUAGUGUAUUUUUGAAGAGAUCUUGACAGGAGAGUUGAGCUGAUGUGAUAUGGCGUGGCAGUUAAGUUGAUCGUUUGCUGGUGGCUGGUGGGGUUGGGCAGGACGGUCUGGGCUGUUCGGGUCGGUCUGGCUGGCUCGUUACACAUCAAUUGUUUUUGCUGUUCUUGUGUUGUGUGUGUUUCGUCUCCUGGAGCCGGGAGCGAGUCGAGAAGGAAGCAGGAGACAGAAAGAAAAGGGUUUGGAUAGUGGGGGAAGGAGGAGGAGAGGAGAAAGCGGAAGUUGUGCACUAGCCUGUGCGGGACCACGUCUUGUUGUGGGUUCUCUUCCUUUCCUACGCGGUUGGGCUGAUCCUGUCACUCUCGAAUUGAUCCGUCCGUUUCGAUUGGAUUUUCGUCUGGAUACAUCUCCUUUGGUCCGCGGCCAUUGAGCUUGUUUUUAGCAGGCAAGGCAGAGAGUGACGGAUAUUGUCAAAAGUGGUGUUGUUUCGGAGCUCCAGCCUGUGGUGGCGCAAUGUGCCGUGGUUUGUAGAACACGUUGCUGGUGUGACGGCUUGGAAUUGUGCAGGAUCACAACAGUCUUUCAAUCCGUUCUCAACAGUUGCACUGGACGUGCCGAUUUGUGUUUCUCUAAUCGAAUUGGGAUUGGAGAACACCUUGUGAUGCGUUUCGUAUCCACCUGAGGUUGCUCGGCCCGGGAUUUGGACAUGGUAGGGGGCAUUGGUGGAGUACUCUUGUCUUCCUGAACUUACAGGAGAAGGCUCAAUUUGCGGUGUAAUGGGCUGGGAGAAUGGUGGCGGCGAGUCCAGCUGCCGCGGCGUUAAUCUGGUCUCCGAAGGCCAAAGGGAUUUCUACAAGAUUCUGGGAGUGAAUUAUGAUGCAACAGAUGAUUCAAUUCGCAGUAAUUAUUUACGCCUUGCUCUGAAGUGGCAUCCGGACAAACAUAUUGGUGAGGACGGGGCAACCUUGAAAUUUCAAGAGAUUAACGAGGCAUAUCGAGUUCUUAGUGAUCCUGCGAAGCGUCUGGAAUAUGAUAUGAAAGGAGAUUUUGUACAAGAGUACAGUAUCAUUGAAUAUUUGAAUCGAUUCAAGGGGUUGAUUCUGACGUGCAAUGGAUUAGGCAUCAGUAAUCAAAACCAGUGGGCGCCCCACACAUUGCGAGUCGGCCGUGAGUCAACACAUUAAAGUGAUUCUUUUGGUCUUACAGAUGCAAAUGCAUGUGGAGCUUGUACGAGUAGUGUUACACUGAACGAUUUAUUAGUCUCUUGGCCUUUCGAGAGUUUAGUGACCAAUGCUUAGCUUCUAAACAAGAAAGACUUAGUGUAAGAUAGUAGUAGAAUUAAAGUGUAAAACAUACACGACCAGGAAACCAAUAUAUGUCAUCCAACAGAAUUUAUCUUGGAGCACAAAGGAGACCAAGUCAACCCCAGACAUCUGCGAACUGAAGGAAGAGAGGCGCUUGUGAUGUUCCAGUACUUCAUGCCAAUGAUGUCACGGAGUGAUUAUCAGGCUUCAUAGAACCUGAGAAGAUAUGAUGCUGAAGUGCGUGCCAGCUACUCCAGUUUUGGCGCCUAUGAAGAUGUGAAGUCGAGAUCGAUGAAAGACGAGAGGCUUGGAACUUAAGCACGGAGGUCAACAUUGGGUUCAGAGAUUGUGAACAGGUUUUGAAAGUUCAAGAGUGGAAAUUUGGUCAUUGUCAAUACAGUUUCUUGUGCAAUGACAAGAUUCUAGGUAUCUGACAGUCUUCAACCGCUGCAGGGUGUUCUGGUCGCCCUGUCAUACCUAUGAUGCGUAUGAGUUGAUAUUGUUAGUGUUGCCGAGGAGCAUGUUGGUGCAGUUUUCGGGGCCCGACACUGUAUAUUUUUGUUAAAGGCCGACCGUGAAGAGUCAUGAACCUUGCCUAAUUUGGUAAUCCUCGGAGGGCUUGAGCCCAUCUUUUUUCCCUGCC